UCGAUCACCGUUAGCGUUUAAAUAGUAGUGCCACAUACCAUGUCAAAUGUAUCUAUGAACGGAAACCGGUAAUCAGUUUGCGAUUUGUGACACACACACAUUGUCGGUGUACAAAAGUUGUAAUUUUUUCGUGGAAAGAACGAUCGAUGAAAAACAACCAGCAACGUACGCUUGGUUGGAAACACUUGUUUUUAUCGUAUAAUUCCAGUCUAGUUACCUAACCCUUUUAUAUCAUUAAUCCGAAAUCUUUCGUCUGCUAAUUUCACAUUCAUGAUUGUGACAGCUGAUUUGAAUUGUCGGUUGACAGCAAAUAAACAAAAACGUGUGAUUUUUGAUAAAGUGUUGGAACAGUCUUAUGAGAUCUAACAUCUAUGAGAUGAACAAAAAUGAGUCGACAAGUAGAUACGGACCCCUCGUCGGUGCAAUCGACGAAGGGACAAGUAGUGCUAGAUUUUUGGUUUUUGCUGCAGAUACAGCCGAAGUGUUAACAUAUCAUCAAGUCUCCAUAUCACAAUCAUGUCCAAAAGAAGGAUGGGUCGAACAAGAUCCUAUAGAAAUAUUACAAGCAGUUAGAGAAUGUAUUAAUCAGACUGUGUUUAAUUUAAGACAGCUUACCAUAGACCCUAGUGAUAUAAUUGCAAUUGGCAUAACAAACCAAAGAGAGACUACAGUUGUAUGGGACUCUAUUACUGGAGAACCAUUAUAUAAUGCCAUAGUAUGGAUGGAUAUGAGAACCACUUCGAUUGUAGAUGACAUAUUGAAAAAAAUACGUAAUCAGAAUAAAAACUAUUUAAGACCACUUUGUGGCUUACCGAUUAGUCCAUAUUUCAGUGCUCUAAAGUUAAAAUGGUUGCUGGAGAAUGUACCUCGUGUUCGUAAGGCUCUGGAUCAGCAGCGUUGUAUGUUUGGCACAAUCGAUUCUUGGUUAAUUUGGAACUUAACUGGAGGAAUAAGUUUUGGUGUUCACGCCACUGAUGUUACAAAUGCUUCGAGAACAAUGCUAAUGAAUAUAACAACUUUAAAAUGGGAUCCGACAUUGUUGUCAUUUUUUAAUAUACCUCCAGAAAUUUUACCCGAGAUCCGUAGUUCGUCAGAGAUAUAUGGAUAUAUACAAGAUGAUGUUUUAUCCGGAGUACCAAUAUCAGGGUGUUUGGGUGAUCAACAGUCAGCAUUGGUAGGUCAAAUGUGUUUACAAAAGGGACAAGCAAAAAGCACUUACGGUACAGGCUGUUUUCUUUUAUAUAAUACUGGAACUGCUCUUGUAGAUUCGACUCAUGGUUUAUUGACAACUGUCGCUUACCAAUUAGGACCACAAACAGCACCAGUGUAUGCCCUUGAGGGUUCUGUAGCUGUAGCUGGUGCUGUUAUUCAAUGGUUGAAAGAUAAUCUUGGAAUACUGUCUGAUGCAAAAGAGUCUGAAUCUCUCAUUGAACAAAUUUCUACUGAUAGUCGUGUUGCAUUCGUGCCUGCGUUUUCUGGAUUAUACGCUCCAUAUUGGAGGAAAGAUGCAAGAGGUGUUAUAUGUGGAAUUACUGAAGACACUAACAGUACACAUAUUAUAAAGGCAGCUUUGCAAGCUGUUUGUUUUCAGACAAGAGACAUUUUGGAAGCCAUGAAACAGGACACGGGUUUAAUUUUAUCUAAAUUGUUAGUAGAUGGCGCUAUGACUACCAAUAAUCUGUUAAUGCAAAUGCAAGCGGACAUUUGUGGAGUUCCAGUUGUGAGGCCUUUAAUGUGUGAAACUACUGCACUUGGAGUUGCAAUUGCUGCGGGAAAUGCAGACGGUAUACGUAAAUGGGAUGUGAAAACAGACGGUGCUGUACCAAGUGACAUCUUUCUACCUUCGAUAACUGAGAAUGAACGAGAUAUACUAUAUUCACAAUGGAAAAUGGCUAUCAAUCGUAGCUUAGAUUGGGAACCAAUAACUGAUACUAACGGCGAUACAAAAACCAUCCACAAAGCAAUUGCUCCUGGUAUUUUUGUGAUCAGUACAAUACUUUUGCUUAUGAUUGCCGAGUAUCAUUCCAUGUUAUGACUGAAAGCGUGCAGUACUAUGUACUGUAUUUGCCUCAGUUUACGCAUUUGGGCAGGUCCUGUUUGCUAACAAAUACUUAGACUAUUAUUUAAUAUUAGCUAUAUUUGUCAUUAAACUUUGUAAAAGUAACAUUAUAAGUACGAAGAAUGAACUAAAAAACAUAUGCAAAUAAAAGUGCCAUAAUACUGUGAUAA